AAGAAUUCCUCUGCAUGGAAAAUGACAUUUUUAAACAUCAAACCCAUUGCUUGGGCAUUCUCUCUAACAACAUUAGGGACUGAAAUGCUCAAUUCUGUCUUCAGUUUCUACUAUGUAAAGCUUUUUUUACAUCUGUACAAGGUUUCAGAAGUGGCUUUUUAUCAAGCCCAGAUGAUUUUAAUGAUCUGGAAUGCUCUUAACGACCUGACGGGGUAUUUUCACAACAACUCUAAGGCUGACUGCUGUUCCAAUCGUCACAGUUCUGUUUUGUACGGUGCCCCUUUAUAUGCAGCAGCCUUCCUGCUCCCUUGGUUCCCCUGGAAAUACUAUCAUGAAGGUGACUGGCUCAGUGGGCUUCACCUGGUGGUAUCAUUAUGUGCUUUUGAUAGCACACUUACCUUUGUUCAGCAAGCCCAGUGUGUACUGUUUGCAGAAAUUUUCACUAGAUACGAAAGUCGGCUCCAGCUUAUUAAAAUCAACCAAGUGGCAUCACUGGUAGGAUCUACCAGUAUCCUUUUCUGUGGCCUCAUCUCUGAUAACAUGGAAAUUUUGCUCAAUUUUCAGAUCAUCGCUGUUGUUGUUGCCAUUUUGGCUACUGCCAGCCUUUAUACUGGCAUGUGCCACAUAAGUCACUUAGAACCUAAAAGAAGCCCCGAGGAAAAUCUUUUCUCAGAAACUGUACAGGAUCUCCCCUGGACCUCCGUCGUCUCAUUGAUGAGACAAAUCUUGACGCAGAAAAACUUUCGCCUUUUUCUGAUAGUGAAUUUCUUCCAAGUCUUCCAUUUAACCUUCUUCAGUAACUUCAUGAUGAUAUUUGUUGAUAACCUCAUUCCCACGGAUGUUCUUCCUUCUUCCAUAAGGAGCAUCAUGUAUGGGGCAGGCUUUAUCUGCCCACAGUGCCUUGUACUUAUCAGCCAGUCCUGGCUGAGGAAGUUUGGUUACUAUAAAAUUAUCUUAUGUUCCUUCUACCUAGAAGGAACAGCCUCCAUUGUCAUGCUGCUUCUUGGACAGCAGUACUAUCACUUUUUGGCUCUGUAUCUCACCGUUAUCAUGGUGAUUGUGCAAUCUUCUUUUUGCUUAUUUAACUUGCCACUGGCUGACAUGGUCGAUGCAGACUUACUGAAGUUCAAUCGGCAGGCACCCCUUUCCUCCAUGGUCUUUGGCAUCAAUGCUUUAUUUACCAAACCUGCUCAGUCUUUAGCUCCCAUGGUGAUACUCUCAAGGCUAAACCAGUUUGGAUAUGGAAACCCAAACAAAAGUACAAUCUUAGAUCUUCAUGAGGCCAUGUUUAAUUUGAUUUGCCUGGUCCCACUGGGCAUUGCAGCAAUUCAGAUCCUGGUUUGGAGCCCAUUCUCCAUCAGGAAGAAGACAGACUACACAGGGGCCUUCUAAGGGUGACACCAGCCAUUACAAGAGUCAAAUGAACUUCAGUUGCUUGUUUUCAUAGAGUUACAUUGUGCCAGAGGGCAAAACUGUUCUUUAUAACCUCUGAUUUGUUUAGAAAAAAAAAUAAAACAAACAAACAAAAAGUCUAUCAAAUGUAGAUGUUUUUGACUCCAUAAUAAGAAUGUUAAAUAUGGGGACUUCCCUGGUGGUCCAUUGGCUAAGACUCUGUGCUCCCAAUGCAGGGGGCCUGGGUUCGAUCCCUGGUCAG